UCCCCCCCCCCCCCCCCCACUUUCUUGUUCUUACGUCAAAUCUUCUCUGCAUCUUUCUCCGUGAAACAGAAACCCUAGAGAGCAAGCCAAGAGAAGCUCAGCUAGACCCGCUUCAUUCCGGCAGAAGAUCGCGAUGGCGACUCCCAUGGUUGAAGAUGCGAACUUUGAGGAUGAUCAAUUGGCUGCGAUGACUACUGACGACAUCGUCAGGGCCACUCGUCUUCUCGACAACGAGAUUCGCAUCCUCAAGGAGGAGUUGCAGAGAACCAAUCUCGAGCUCGAUUCUUACAAGGAGAAGAUAAAGGAGAACCAGGAAAAGAUUAAGCUCAACAAGCAGUUGCCUUACUUGGUCGGAAAUAUUGUUGAGAUCCUGGAGAUGAAUCCUGAGGAUGAAGCUGAAGAAGAUGGUGCUAAUAUUGAUCUUGAUUCCCAAAGGAAGGGGAAAUGUGUUGUCCUGAAGACAUCAACACGUCAGACCAUUUUUCUGCCAGUUGUGGGGCUUGUUGACCCUGAUAACUUAAAGCCUGGUGAUUUGGUUGGUGUGAACAAGGAUAGUUACCUGAUCUUAGAUACACUGCCCUCUGAAUAUGAUUCGCGAGUGAAAGCUAUGGAGGUUGAUGAAAAACCAACAGAAGAUUACAACGAUAUUGGAGGCCUGGAAAAGCAGAUUCAAGAACUUGUAGAAGCUAUUGUUUUGCCGAUGACCCACAAGGAACGGUUUCAGAAGUUAGGAGUUCGCCCUCCUAAAGGAGUACUCUUGUAUGGACCUCCUGGAACUGGGAAGACUUUGAUGGCCCGUGCUUGUGCUGCUCAGACAAAUGCAACCUUCUUAAAGCUAGCAGGUCCUCAGCUUGUCCAGAUGUUCAUUGGAGAUGGAGCAAAACUAGUUCGGGAUGCCUUCCAGCUGGCAAAAGAAAAAUCUCCUUGCAUCAUUUUUAUCGAUGAGAUUGAUGCCAUUGGUACGAAGCGGUUUGAUAGUGAAGUGAGUGGAGAUAGGGAGGUACAGCGGACUAUGUUAGAGUUGCUUAAUCAGCUUGAUGGCUUUAGUAGCGAUGAUCGGAUCAAGGUGAUAGCUGCAACUAACCGAGCGGACAUCCUAGACCCUGCUCUAAUGCGUUCAGGUCGGUUGGAUCGUAAGAUUGAGUUUCCUCACCCAACUGAAGAAGCGAGGGCCCGCAUUCUUCAGAUCCAUUCCAGGAAGAUGAAUGUCCACCCUGACGUGAACUUUGAGGAGCUUGCACGAUCAACAGAUGACUUCAACGGGGCUCAGCUGAAAGCGGUCUGUGUGGAAGCUGGAAUGCUAGCUCUUCGGAGAGAUGCCACAGAGGUAAACCAUGAGGACUUCAAUGAAGGGAUCAUCCAGGUCCAGGCAAAGAAGAAGGCAAGCUUGAACUACUAUGCCUAAUCUCUAGGGCAAAGUGAACCCUGUAAUAUAGGGUUCAUCUGCCGGAGUGUCAGUUUCCUAUCUGCUCUCAGCCCUUAUGUAUGAAUGACCUCGAGCCAAGUUUUUCAAGAAAAACCUUUUGAUUCUGUCCAUGAUAAUCAGCAUCACCGUUGUAUGGAUUCAAAUUUGUGGUCAAUUAUCACUGGCGGUCAUCUUUGCAAUGUAUGUGAAUGAAUCUUGCCAUCGUCUCUGCACUGGCAUCUGGUUCAUAUUCGCCAUUUGUUUAUAAGUUUAAUUAAUCCUCGCCGUUGUUUAUAGCUCGUUUGUUAUGGUCA